AUGAUUCCUCGCUUUUUCCGACUGGCACAACUUGCUCGACCAUAUGUUGAGUCUCAGAUGCAAGACAAGCGUGCUCCUCCAACUACACUUCCCCCAAAGAUUGUCAAAGUAUUUAUGGGGGCUAUGGAUCAAGAAGAUAGUUCUGCAAUUGAAGCUCUCUGGUCUACCUUCAGAUAUUCAAUCUGGGGAGUGCUAAGUGCAAUUAGUGUUUGGAAGUCCGGUCUCGUGACUGGAAAAAGACCACCGCAAAAAACCGCGGUCUGCGGUCUUUUUGCGGUCUGGUCUGGUCUUUUGACUUCUGGGGAAAAGGCAGACCGGUUACGGUUACGUGCAAUUGAAGCCAAGGAGGAAGAUAUCACUAUAUACAAUAAAUUUUCUCUGACUCUUGGAACUUUGUACCGCAAUCUGUAUCCACCUGUCCGAUCAUGCCAAGAUGCUUUCUGUGUCAAUCGUCGAGAAGUGGAUUCAGACAUCUUGACACUUGGGGAGCCUGUCACCCACCAGGCAACCCUAUUCACAUUAACGAGUGGUGCUCUCCCCAUCUACACUACUUCUCUUUAUUGCCGCAAAUGUAAACGCCGAUAUCACCAUAACUACAUUGUCCACAACUCUUCAAAUACACGCACCUACUAUGGUGACGUACCUGAUGUGAUACAGGUUGCUCAACAUUUCUUCAUUGAGAGCUCCUUGCUUGAGUUUUUUGCAAAUACGAAAGUUUUCGGUUGGUUAUCAUCAUCAAAUUGUGCACGAAUAUACAACACCUCUUUACGUGUUCCCCAUGCCCACAUUCUCAACAACAAACUUGCCUUUCAGUCCAAUUAUCACAGAUACGAGAAAGCAAAUGUUGAUUGGCAGACUUCACUGUCACUUCAAGAUGUGGAUGUACUCAACGGGUUUUUCCUAUAUUCUCUUCUACUUGAGAAAGCAGAAAGACGAACUAUUCUGCAACUUCCCCAUAACGAGAGCUCACAAAAGGAUCGCCUUGCCCCUGCACUUCAGGAGCGCAAUCAUCUCAUAGAGGGUAUCGGACAAGAGCAAUAUCCCCAUGCCUGCAAUCUGUGCUUCAUUGUCUUCAAGGACAAAAGUGGGAAGCUGAUGAAAAUGCAGGCAGCUGUUUGUGAUGGUGAUACGAUUGGCCACCCCUGCUGUGCAGUGCAUGACUGUAAAGACACUCUUGUGAACCACAGAAAUUGCUUCUGUGCUCAGCACAACCACCUGAACUUCCAGUGCGCAGUAGUUGAUUGUGUCACAGCAUCUGAGGUCAGCUUCAAGACCUGUACCGAUCCCGAGCAUCGUGUGCUUGAGGAGGCGUACUUUCGACGUGGAAAGGCCAUAUUUCAGUUACGCGCAAAACUCAAAAAAGCAGGAGCCAUACCUGUAAAUUCAAUACUGUUGGACCUGGACACUGGCGAAGGCGAUGACGAGUUGAUUAUGCGCCCUUGUGGCAUCAUUCUCUCGCGAGUGACAUUCUUUGGAUCAGAAGCUAUAUCUGCUGUCAAUACAUUUGUGAAGGCUACGUUUCCGACACCUGAAUCUACUCCCAAGUACUUCAUCUUUGACAACAACUGCAAGUUGGUCGCACAUCAACGUGUAAUAGGUGACAAGCAUUUCAAAGACACAGCCAUGCCUGUCGAUGUCUUCCAUUUCAACACCAAACACAAGGAGUCCGACCUCCAUUGUCAAACACAUUGCAAUCCUGCAGCAUUUCCGGAGCUUAUCGAUGCAAACAACAAGUGGAAAUUUAAUACUUCCAUUUGCGAGCAAACCAAUGUAUGGCUUGGGGGGUAUCAGGCAAUUCUUCGUGAUAUGGAGGUGACACGUUUUAAUUUCUACCUUGAUGAGAUGAUCAAACACAGAAAUCGAUAUACCAUUUCGCAGUUACAUUCAAAGGGACACCAUCCAUGGCAUGUUCCGGUGAAGGCAUGGUUUCCUGACUGCUAG